AUGGAAGAAGGAAACGGGCCUCUGCCCUCCGAGCCCCCUCCGCUCCCGUACUCGCUGCGCACGCGAAAGAAGGCCAUCGCGAUCUUUUGGACCAUUUUUGUUAUCGAUACCCUGGGCCAGCCCCUGAUCUUGUACUGGACGCUAUGGUACCUCACCGAUCUAUCGCACAACUUGGUCUUUUCGAUCGUGACCGCGUGCUUGGGCGGUGUCUCGGUCUUUGAAUACUUCUAUCGUCUUUACAACCUCUUCCGCAAGGGCUCUCGCGCCCGGCCGCUAAACGCAAAGAAAUCCCGGCUGGACUUUUUCCACUGGAACUUCACCAUUGUUUGGCUGUUCUUAGCCGUCGAGCUCAUUGUUGGAUCGGUUCCUGCGGAACCUUUUGUCCGCCUCAUAGCCAUGGUUCUACCGACCGUCAUGUUCUAUUUCGGAAUCGUCCACCUUUCCCUUGACAUCCUGCGCAUGGCCGGCUUCAAAGCACCCUUCCGAAUCUCCUCAACACCCAAAGGAUCCGCCAUGCCAACCGCGCUGUAUGCACUUAUCGAAGACGUAGUCGCAGUCGACGGCGGAGGCGGUCAGAUCUACCGAUACGCACUGCGCACACGAUACCUGUCUAGCCCCUACUUCCGACGGAUGCUUUUCGAGAUGAAUUGUUUCUGGAGCGGAGGAUCCAUCAUUUUCGCCGCGGCCAUCACGGCCGUGAUCUUCACAGUCUCCGAACCCGUGGCCUUCACGCUGGGCUGGACCCUCCCUUUCGCCUGGGCCGGCGUUUGGACGUUGAUCACCAUUCCUUGGGUCCAGAGUGAUCUUCGCCGUGAGAAGAAGGCCUGGGCCGAGAAUCGUGGCCAGGGUGGUAUUCUCUGGGUUGACGAUAUUGCGGCGCCUACUGCGCGUACUCGUUUCGCGUCCGUUCAAGACCGCUUUACCCCGUGGACGCGCGACAAACAGAGCGCACCUUCCACACCUUCUGCUGAUGGCGUGGAUGGCUUGUCCCAUAGCCCCGGAGUGACAGCCAACGUGACCGAUAGCGUUUCUCACGACCUUGAGAACAUGCCGGACAGCGUCGACAGUAUGCACGAAGAAAAGAAGGUCGGCGACUUGGAAGCCAAAUGA